AUGGGCAACGACGCCGUUUUUUUGUCACCUGAAAAUAUUCCGUUUCGUUUUAUCCCAUUACCGCCAGCCUCCGCACCACCAGCACCAUCACUAAAGAAAAGAAUGGCUCCUGAAGUACCUUCCGAAACUUGUGCCAUACGAUGUCGCAUCGUGCCUGUUCGUCCAGCAUCAGAAAAUUACAUUCAGCAAUGGAAUCAAUUACCAGUACCAACUAUCAUUGCUCGUUCUCCGCCUUGCACGCAGAAAAACGCUAUAAAUUUACAUUUUAAUCCCAAUCCUCGUCGUUGUAACGAUAUCAAGGCUUGUUGUAUUAUAUCGUAG